CCUCCUACCACCAUGCAGGCAGACGGUGCCGUCCUACGCUAUCCAGAAAAUCUAGGGAUUCAUGUAAACCUGACGAUUGAAACCGCUUUGGCGAUGUUGCUCAAGUCGAUAUCUUUGGCGGAACGAAUGCCGUUUAGCUGGGGGUACAUCGACCGGCCACAAGACGGUCAAGUCUUCCUGAUUUACAUGCCGAACCCAGCGGUGUUUCCCAAUGACGGGAUUCGGUACCAGGACACCGAGUCGAAGGUGGUCAUGCCGGCGGGGCCAGGUCGCGAGCUGGAACUGGUCGAGAUCAAAUACGGGUUCAUUCCCAACUCGGGUGAACACGUCGCGUCGCGCCUGCGGAGACGCUACCGCCUACAGCGCGGCGGGAACCCAGGGCUCUGCAUUGUACAUUACACCCGCGGGCCGUCCAUGCCUGUCAACCCGUCGCUCGUGUCCCAACCCGUCCGUGCGUACCCCCUACGAACGAUCACCGAGCCCAACAUGUACGUCGCGGGCGAGAAGAUGCGGCAGCCAGCCUACCCGCCUGGGGCAGCCCCGGCGCCGGGCGUGAACUAUGCGGGCGGCAUCAGCAUCCCACCCGGCGCGAACCCGCAGGCACUCGUCGCGCAACAGCGCAGCCGCAUGGAGGCACUCGAGGGGAGGGGCGCGCGGGAACCGACGGCUGCUUUGGCCGGCGGAAGGCCGCCGCCUGUACGGGUUGAGGAUGAUGACUCAGGAGACGAAGGGGAUCAAAUCUCCACACGGGCGCUGGCUCUGGCUCGAUACCGCAGGAAUCACGAGUUGAUGAACGAGGUGUUCAUGUACGCUGCCUUUGGCGAGAAAAAGACACCACCGCCGCCUCCUUCGUAUUCUGCUCUCUUCACCAAGUCGGAGCUGGAAGAGAAAGCGGCCAAGCUCGUGGCGGAAGUAGAAGAGCUAAAGCAAAAAGAGAUCAGUAGACCCUCGUUCGAAGGGGACGUCUCUAUGGAAAGUGCAGGUGAACAUGCUGAGGCAUGAUGCACGAGCGCCACCGUGUCUGUCG